AUGGAUUUCUAUACUGCUGAAUGUUCAUCUGAUGCUUUGGUUUCGUGGGAUGAACCAGUAGCGAGUGAUAACUCUGGAAAUGUGUCAGUCUCUUAUCCUGAAAUUCGUCCACCAACUCGUUUGUCUUCUAGUUUCAAUCCCCUGACGUAUAUUGCCACAGACAGCAGCGGGAACUGCGUGAAUUGUAGUUUUCACCUACGAGUGAUAAGUAUGUCGUCCUUCUUGUGACACCAAACUAUCUAACAUAGUUCUGGAUGACCCUUUUAAAAUGUGCUGCAAAUCUCAUUUUCAGUAGGAUUUCAGACCAAAGUUACAAAUAAAUCCAUUUGUUCCCAAAUAAACUGAACAAAUUGUUGGGGCAGAAUUUGCAAAAUUCGCAACAAAAUGGCUCCUUCGUCUCUUUUUCACCGUAAUUUAGUCAAUUACUUUACAAAAUGCCUGAGUGGUUGUUUUGUUUUAGUGUUACUUUCCCACUGGUUCAGAAACAUGCGAUUUAGAGCAAAACAUAGUACGAUUAUUUUAUACGUCUCACUGCUGGUAGUCAACUGAAUAACAAAAAUCUCAGAGUGGAUAAAAAAAUAAAAACAAAAAGGCUUACUGUGUAAAUCGAUAUAUGAAACACAUUUAUGUAUUCGUUAUUGACUAAUCAGAAAAGACGUAUUUGUUAAGCUGAUAGAGAUAAAAAUUUAAUGAUUUCAAACUGCUAACUAACAAAAUUCUCUUUUCUAUAGGAAAGUCAUGCCCAGCCCUCUCGCGACCAAUAAAUGGGAAUGUAAAUUUGUCUUGUGGACAUUGGUUCGGCUCCGAAGCUGUUUUCUCUUGCAACAGGCGACAUCAAUUAAACGGUUCUCAUAGGCGUUUUUGUGAUAAAGAUGGAGUUUGGUCAGGCUUUCCAUCUUCCUGUGAAAGUAAGUAACUCUGAGAUGAAAUAUGUUUACUUCAAACUAAAAUUUAUAAGAUACUGUAUUCUCGAUCCCAGUGUAUCUAUUUAAUUCGCUAGCUGGUCGGUCUGAAUCGGGAAAAACUGUGGCCGAGGUCUUUAGUACAUUGCGAUACUAAAGACAGAGGGCACAGUUUUUCCAAAUAUGGACUGACCUGGGCUGGUGAACAACAUUUUAAUUUUUUUUUUCCAAACUUCGCAAAAUUCCUGCCAUAAUAACCCUGAUUAUUUAGAGCUGUAACUACGGCAAUAUCCUCCUUACACUGAACAAUUUUUGAGCGAGUAAAAAAUAUUUAAAACAGAGGUAAUGCAAAUUAAAGAGAGAGACUUCACUGAAAUAUUUUUAUUUAUGUAACGAUAAAGAUGAUUUAAAAGGCUUCCAAACAAACUUUCAAACAAUUUUUUUCCAAUUAUCUGUCACAACGUGACACCUGUCAAUUAGAGAGCGCGUAAGAAAUGAGCGAAUGUACACUUUUGAAAAAACAACGGUACUGGUUUGGCAAACAAACUCAAGUUCAAUAACUGUCAUGACGCUUCUUUUUUUUUUUUCUUCAAAACCAUUUGAUGAUCGUCAAAGUAUUAUUCACUUCCAUUGAUGAUUAGUGUACGAAGAGUACCUUUGUAAAUUGGAAGUAAAGUAAUUGUAAGCAAAUUCAAAGGUAUGUUUUAAAGUUAUGGGAAUUUGCUCGUUUGUCUGCUGCAAUAACGCGUGUAAAUCUGGUCUUUUCCCACCAAAAUAACUAUCAAAUGAGACACUUAAACUAGACCCGAGGGGAAUUGAAUGCGUCUUUUUCUCCUUGAUUUCAUUUGGUCUUUGUCAAGAAAUUUACGGUACAAAUGGCCAAAGUUAAUAGGUUGACUUGCAAAGACUUACCGUAAACAUGUUGAAUGAAUUAGGACUGAAACUUCGCUACAACGAAAAAUUGAUCGAGAGAAUUCAGAUAUUAAAUGAGUUAAGUCAUUAAUCGGCUUGAUUUGCUUAAAAAAUUUUUGCUCGAAAAUAAUGCAAAAAGACAAGAUUAAUUCAUGAAGAAUAGCAACAAAGCUAGGGAUGUUUACGGUGACUCAAGAACGCGUUACCGUGCGCGUGGGAAGAGAUAGGAAAGAGAGGAAAGAAAAAGGAAAGAGAGGAUUAAUAAGUUAAUCAUCAGCUUGAGGUAGGAACCGACGUCUUUGCUUAAAAUUACUGCCCAGCCGGAAAACGAGCUACAUAUAAAAAUGGCAACGAAGGUAGGGAUGUAAUCGGUGACUCACGAAAACGUUACCGUGCUCGUGUGCAGAGAAAGGAAAAUACUGACCGCGCUGAGAAAAAAAAUAAAGAACUAUGUUCAAAACUGAUUAUCUGUCCAAAAGGUGAUGCUGUUAAUUAUUCUUAUUAUUUUAAUGGUUAUAGAGAUAACUUGAUUUUAAACCAUAACAUGACAUUUCCAAAAAAUUGUAUCUUACCUCUCAUCUGUCUUAUAAUAUAGCUCCUUUUCUUUAGGCUUAAGUCUUCGUAGUCUACUAUUCUGGACGGGAUUUGAAUUAACAUAUAGCCUUCUUCCAAACCAAGCAAGAAAACAUACCAGGUUCACAAAACCAAUUGGGUGGGUUUGAAUUAUAUAACGAAUUAAACAAGGAACAAGAAACAAGAACAAUUCACAGUGGUAUAGGCGUAACUCUCUGUCUUUUGAAAUUCAGAAGCUUAGUCGAGCGAACACCAUCACUGCCAAUAACUCUACCGUUACUACAACUGCCACAGCUACUAACACUAUUACCUCCACUGGCAAAAACUUCUAAUACACCUACUACUACCACAACUAUCAGAUCCGCAACUGCUACCAUUAUAAUAGCACCACCACCACAUUAUUAUAUUAACACUAUCAUCGCUUUGCUACAACCAAAAAUUUAAAUAAUUUUGGCAGCAAAAAGGUGUUCUUUUCGUGAACGACUGAUAUUUUUCAAGGAUAGUUUAAACUUUGGAUAAGCGCAAGGAAACUUGUGUUCAGGCACUUGUCGAGAAAACCUGGGUCCAAAAUUUUAGUGUUACAAGUGCCGUUAUCAGCAUUGGCAAGUUUCGCAAUAAACGAAAAAGACCAUGAUAAAAAUAAUAAUAAUAAUAAUAAUGACGAUGGAAAAAUUUCCUAUAAUUAUAAUAAAUUAUUAAUGUCUAUAUUUUAGUUUGCCUUCUUCUUCUUCUGAUUUUUUUCUUCUGCAACAACUCACUGAAACUGCUUUCGUAUGCGACAGGAGAGGAAGACAACAAUUUAACAGGCGAGACUUCAAAUCCUCUCUCAGAUAUUUGGCUCGUACUCUUGGUAGUUUCCAGCGUAAUUCCUAUCGUCAUCAUGAUUUACAUCUAUGUUCGUUGUGGUCGGUCAGCGAAAAAUCGUGGGUAAGUUCAUUAUUAGCCUAUCACUGAUCUAAUUAACACGUUAAGGUAAUAAUAAUCAAGGAACAAGGAAGAACAACAGUUAUUCUUUUCAAUUCCACUAUUUAUUGCAUUAAUUAUACCUGGCUAAAGAGCCAGAUAAGUUUUUUUUUUAAUUUCCUUCGACCCAUCUAGUGAGCAAAUUCUAAUAGCCGAUGUUGUUUUCAAAGGGAAGAAGUUAGUUAGAACCACUGUCGCAGUAUUUACUCAAUGCCCUUGAUUAAUAUGUGGGUUAUGUUGAGUAGGUUUCUAACAUCGGUUGCAUGCUGGUCCUUUCACUUGCUAUUUGGUCAUAAUGAUAUACAUCUCCACAUACGUACAGGCAUGCCUACAUACGAUCAAGACCGAAAAUUAAUCUAUAGUAACUUAUGAAGGUAAAAAAGAAGUAUGAGCAACUCUUUUGUGUCUUUCAUACUCUCAAAAACUUCUGUAUUUAUCUUUACUCGAUGCGUUUAGGCAAUGUAAGCUUGAUCGAAUUCUUCAUAUCUUUAAAAAUUUUUGUCCAUCUUUUAGCAGCAAUGCAAGUCUGCCUCUUGGAAAUAACAGUAUCCAUUUAUUAGUGAAUUAUUAAGUACCUAUGACACGAAUUUUUUUUGUGUAUGAAUAUUUAGCUUUUCAUUUGUACAAACCAAUUGCAAUAGAAGAGAAAUUUCAAAAAAUUAAAACUCAGUUUUUUCGAGCCCCAGAGUGAUUUUGUCUUAAAAGUGUCCCGCGUGUUAAGAAUGGGUACCUGUGUAUGUUUCUGUUGCCAUAGCAUUUUAGUUAUUCCUUCGCGCUAAGUGCGGCGCAUGUUCCCUUGCUCAGUGCUCUCUAGAGUUUCGUUGUUGUUGAGUUAUUCCUCUAGCAAACCAGAAGCAAACUUUUGACAAAAGAAUUAGCUGCAUCACGAGGCACGAUGAUUUUUCGCCGAGAAGUCAUCCUGCAUUUUCACAGCUAGUUGCUCCUCUCCUCAAAGAUUGUGAAGGCAGAGGCUAUCGUCGUCGAGCCGGUAAAACGGAAAACGAAUUGGCUGAUAGACAUCUGAUCCAAAUUAAUCUCAAAUAGGGAUUUUAAUCGAGAAAAAUUCCCUUUAGUUUAAGUGCAGCAUUGCCAUAUGACCCGUUUCGCUUAAUGGCAAAUAACUGACAUCAGUAUCGUAAAUGAAUAUUUCGAACGCAUCGACUUUCACACACUUGGAUUCGCUAUCAUUUAAUAAAAAAAAUAUUUUCUAUACAAUUUUCUCGUUGCUGUGCUGUUAUCACAAUGACAUUGCUACUGUUGCUACUUUUAGUUUCUUGAGGGUAGGGUGGAAUUGAUGGCUUGGAAAUUUGGAAACAUAGGUUAGGAGAAUACACGGCCCCUUCGAGCUUGUGUUUAUGCCAGUGUCCGCCUGAGGUUUCGCACUGUCCACGUAACAGGAUAUUGGUCAGCCCGGGGAAGGGCUUGAACUUUAUUACAAAUAAUGUAUUUCUGUUAUUAAAGUACGAUAGAAACUACAACUAGUAGGAUUUUCAUACGAUAAGAAAAGUGCAAAUGUAGUCAUGUUGAAAGACAAGAGUACCAGUACGUUUCAAUCGCAUGAAAUAAACAACAAUGAGGAACUCACCAUUCUUCGCUUGCGAAAUGUUAGUCGGAAAGAGUGUCGAACAAUCAUCAUUUUUUUUAACUGAAUUCAUUGGUUAUCUUACCCCGAUAUUACUACUGAUAUAUGUGUUUGUAACAGACGUCUUCGAAGCCGGUACGGGGCAUAAGGCCGACGACGUUGAAGGGUAAAAUCUCCUCGAUGUGGACGAUCGAAACGCGUCCAUUUUGGCCAUACAGCUACAUCCUUUGGAAAGAAGUAUAUAGAAAUACCCGGUAUAUGUGUAAUAUUUUUGAAGCUAUCAUUUGGCCCGCCGGCCACGCAAUACGUUCGUCCCUUCUAGAUUUCUCCUUUCUCCACCAUAGUUGCAGAUGUGUCUUCUAAGUGUUUACGUCACAGCUAUGUGACAUGAUCAUUUAUCAAUGCAUAAAAAAAAAUGGUCGGGGCCAACUCGCUAGGUGCUAAGGACGAUUAUUUCUAAUUUUAAAUACAGCUAUCAACCAUGCCGAAAAUGCAAAAAAAAAUUCGUGUCAUUGGCACUUUAAGAGUAAAUAAAUACCCAGGAUGUUCCUCUGUUACCAAAACCGUCUUUUUCCUAACCCUGCACAAUUAAAUUUCUUCUCAGUGUUUGUGGGCCAAUCCCGAUUGGGAAUCCCAUUUACGAAGACUUUUCAGUUGACCCCCUUGAUAUUGUAGAGGUAUGGACUUAUUCUAAAGAGGCGUUUAAUUUAUCUUUAUUCUGCCUGUAACUCUAAAUUGAUCUAGCCGACCUCCAUGUUAUACUAGUGAAUGGCAGUCACCGUUUCAUGCGUUAUUAUCUGCAGGUGAAAAGCUAUCAUAAAAAAACAACAUUAAAAAAACAAAACAGAGCAAAACAACUGAUGUUUAUUGAAACUUUUACUUCAACUUAAAUGGAAGAUGUUUCAAAGAGGUUGUAAUGUUGGUUAAGCGACCUUAAAAGUCAAAAAGCAACUACAAAUUAAUCCAAACUUUGGAUAAUCAGGCAUUUAUUUGAAACUAUGGGAAGUGUAAUAAAAUUUAAUGUUGAUGUUGAUUUCUUUUCUUUUUUUUUUUUUUGAUAGGAUAUUUUAGUUACCUCAUAUAAUUCUUGGGUAAGAUAUAUAAUGUUUGACUCAAAACACUGUUUGACUAGAUUUGUCUCCUUUUAAAGUUCACGGUUGAGACAAAUCCUCCGGAAAAUCAAGUAGGUCUAAAUGACAGCAGCGAGGGUGACUAUUUACCCGACAGCUUUGAAAAGAAAAAAACAUUCAACAGUUCCGGCGGUGAGCUGAGCGCUACUAAUGACUCGGACGUGAAAAUAUGCAUUGGAAAAGGCGCAAUACCGAUUGGAGUCAGCCAGGAAAUAUUCUACCGUGUGGUCUACGACACAACAGAGCUGUUGCGGGAUAUCCCCGUUGGACCUGAUGAAACAAUUAUUUCCCCUGUGAUUGAAUGCGGACCACACGAUAUCAGACUUUUAAAGCCUUUGGAGAUUAUAAUCCCACAUUGUCUCUAUAUGGGCAAAGCUAAAAAGGAAUGGAUAACUGUCUACAGAACUGACCCAGGUAUCGAAAAAUCCUUGGCCUAAGUAUUUUCAGCUGAAUUCAAAGAAAACACAUUUGAGAUUUAAGAUAUUAAGGACUUGCACUUUUAUGAGGUUUACAUGUUCCAAGUUUGUUCAGGACAUGGAGUUACAUAAAAGAUGAGAGCUCUCGAUUCCCAUCACUAUGGCCCGGUUUCUAUUCACUAACCUGGCGUCAUGUGUAGUUGAGGUUUUUCUUUUUUUCUGCUUCCUUUCGCUCCCAGAUGUUUUCUCUGUGUGUCUGAUUUUCCUUCUUCCGCAAAAACUAAGACACAAAUUUCAAUUCGACUUAACGUUACCCUUAUCCUGAAAUGAACCUUGUGGAUUUCCAUUGCAAAGUAAUCUCACUUAUUCAUAUUCCUUUAUAUUUUUUACCCCCUUCUCUUUCGGGAAAGUAGGACUAAUUUUCAUUAUGCUGUUACUCUACUGAUGAUUUUGUCAUCAAUUUUUGAUUAAAGGUCCUAUCAAGUGGGAGAAAAUCCCUAGCAAGUCAGAAAAAAAAAAUAUGUCAAGGGUGUGGUUCACAGUAAAAGAGGACUCCAUUCAUAUUAAAACAAUGACAUUCUGUUUCUGGUGCGUAUAUUGCCGUGGGGCACCGAGGAUGAAAAGAGCCACAGUGUUUGCGAGUAAACCGAAUCCCAGACGUGAUCUCAUUGAAUUCAGAUUCUACAUUUACAGUGACAAUAAGGAAUUUUCGGGGGUAAGUAAUAACUGUAGCGGCGUCAGACCCGAUUGCGGAGAGAUCCGUGAACUUAAAGAACUAAAAGACUCUCAGAUUCCACAAGGCUAGGUUUAUUGUGUCGACUGUUACAGCGAUCCGGUUCUGAGUUAAACAGGUGUUCUUUCCGAUAUUUACCCACAUACAGUGUAUGAUAAAAGUGAGUCAUUACCUCUGAUAACCAGCUUGAGCUUACGCUAUUUAUGAUUUAGUAUCAUAUCACAUCAUAUCAUGAUCAUUGGUUUAUCCACGUGAUUCUUUUAAGUACUGAACAGGGGCACUACUUUGGUACAUAUCUACUAUAAUUGCCCUAAAUCAAAUCGCCAUCUUGGAUACAAAUCCGCGCAUAUGAUUAGUUAUUUUUCACCAUGUGGUACAUAUUCCUCCUCUCUGAUUAGCUGUAAUAAUUAUAUCACUGACGAGUAAUUUUGCGACUUAGCUCUGACGUUCUACGGUGAGAUGAAAGCACGAGUAUGUACAUAGUAGUCUAUUAGCCUUUUAUUGCUUGAGCUUAACCUACUCUCAUGGAAAUUAAGCGGCAAGGAGUUUUCUUACUCCUGUUGUGCGUAUGCAACUUUGUUGUAGGCAUCUACCCAGCAAUUUAUAGAUUUGCCGGUGUUACAAUGUGUUGUCAACCAGCUAUAUUCCUUUAUGUGGUAAGUGAGUUGCAUUUGUCUAACAAAAUAUUAAAAAUAAGGUUUUGUCCAAAAUUCAAACAAUAACACCCUUUCAUCUAGUCACUGUUGUUAUUGCAUGAUGUACCACCUAGCUGAUCCAUAUAUUUUGCCUUUACAAGCGAGUAAAGAAGCAAGAUGAAAAGCAGUUUCCUGAUUCAUGGCAAGGAAUAGAGAAACCCUUCAAAAUGUACAGCAACACCAAAAAGAUAACCGUGAAACUUGAUCCUGAGGAGGGUUGGGAAUUUGACAAGACACCCGGUGAGCAGGUGAGGAAAUCAACAUGGGGCUGAGCUCAGUCAUGAGUUACAGUAAAACACUUUUACCUUUGAUAAUCUGAACUGAGGCUUAAUAGGCCCUUGGUAGUUGGUCGACAAUCUUCCACUCAACACGUAUUGUAUUAAACAAAAAUCUUGUAACUUGUGUCUAAUAAGUUAUCUGAAAGUCCCUCCCUCUCUCCCCAAACAACACCAGCACCAGGCAACAUUGAGAUGGAGGGGGGAGGGGGGUGGAGAUAAAUGAGAGUUAUAGAAAAAAUAGAAAACAUCCAAAAAGUUGUAAGUAGUAGAGUGUGCCAAAACUUUCGCGACUCACUAUUGUAAUUUUGCAUAAUAAUAAGAAACUUCUGAAUAGUUGAUUAUGUGGCCUUCUGACUAUCUCUGAAAGUAGGUUUCUAAACAAUGCACUUUAAAGAACCUCUUAUUCUUUGUGCAUUUUAAUUAAAAGCGUUUUACUUCCGAUUGAUGCAAUGUAGUACUCAAUCUGUGAUCUGUUGUAGGUGUACAUCUGCGAUGAUUCCCACGGCGGUAGAUCCCGCUGUAUAAAUACAUGUACUUUUGCAGUAAAACCAGUGAAAGGUCGCGAAGUAGAAGAGUUCUCUUGUAAUAUAACGUUCCAACAAGAGGGCCAUGAUGAACAUGCAAUAUACGUAAACCCUGGCUUUUCACUUGAGGAGGUAAUACUGUUUGUAGCUAACACAAUCUGUUUUCGCCUAAAGCCAAUGACAUAGUUUACAGUUUUCUUUGAAAAAAAAAGGAAGAAAGAGAAACCAACAAGAAAGGACAAAAAACAAAAUCAAACUAAAUCUAAUGUAACUUUCAGCUCAACUUUUUUUUGUAAAGUUACAAUCACCACUCACUUUCUUCGACCUUAUCAGCUUAGCCGGGCUAAUGAAAGUCAAUCUAAGUGUACUAUAUAUAUUUUGCUAAUUAUAAGCCUCCUACCCCAUAUUUGCCCUUCCAGUUAUAAGCCUGUAUGUGUUUAGUCAGAACCACUAGUCUACCUCAUGAUAUCACUGGCCUGGACCGUAUAUCUAGUUCUCAGCGUAGUCGUAAGCCGAGCUUUUGAUUUGUUGGCCCAUUAAUGUAGUCCUUUAUAGACAUUUUUAGGGGGGGGAAAUGAAGUUUUGUAAAUAUGUAUCUUUAACUUUAUGGCAGGUUUAAUCAGCUGUUAUUAUUAACGAGAAUUUUCAUUUCCUUUGAAACGCAUUAUGUAUUUUGCACUACGCAAAUUCUAAUUAUUAUUAUUUCUAAUUCUAAUCAUUAUUAUUAUUAUUAUUAUUAUUAUUAUUAUCAACUUAACUUUAUAUUCUCUAAUAAGCUUACCCGAUUUAAUUGACAUCGACAAAAUAACCACAAAAUCUAGUGAAGAUAAUAAAUAUCAUAAAGGCGGAAGCCUUGAUUAACCUUGCAAAGUAUGGCUAAUGAGUUCCAAGCCUCAAACUUUUAUUUUUAUUUUCCAUUAAAAAUAAUUAUCAAAUAACUUAUUCGUACUUAAUCUCACGGGUACAUAAUUUCGCGUCAUUCGUAAUUAUAAAAAUAUCGCGAAAUUGAAGACUCAGGAAUAAAAAUGCUCGCGGGAUUUAAACAGGCAGAAAAUGAUUAACAUGUAAUAAGAGCAACAAACACGACAUGUAUCGACAUAUACGAAAAUUGUCAACUAGUUUUACCGGUAAGUUCCACUGUGUAUCUCGUGAAAUGCAUAUUAUGUAAUGUAUCUUAUGUAAUGUUAAUCGCAAAAAUCUAUACUAAUUCCUGAUAUCUAUCAUGCAGUCUUCGAAAUUGCCAUUAACUUACUUCUAGUAGUUCUCAUUCACAACUUUCAAUUAAAGUUCCAACACUUAUUCCGGUUUAUCUUGGAAUUUCAGAAAGUUCAGACAUUUUGAAAUUGAAAUGAAGUUGAAAACGCCAGAAUCGCGAAAUUCAAUGUCCUAUUUUUAUAUUUUCCUGUUGAAAUCGAGAAAAUAAAUCCCCGCGAAAUACUGUUUCGCCAAAAUCGCGACGUUAAGCACCCGCGGAUUAAGUAAGAAUAAGGUAUAUCAAACAUUCAUGUUAGUCUAAAAAGGUAUUUCUUUGUUCUACCGGUAACCCUUUUGAAUAUUGAAAUGGAGUAAUUCAGUAUUCAUGACCAUGAUUUUCCGGUAUCCGAGCGAUUUUGCAACUUUCAAUUGCUCUCUCCAUUUUAGAAGUUGGUCGAGCCCGCAAAUGCUUGUACGCAUUUCAACAGCGCAGCUGGAUGCUCGACUUCCUCAGCCCCAGCGGAAAGUGACAGGCGCAGCUCAGACGAACAACCAAAAACUCCUCGAGGUAUCUUCGUGAUCGUCAUCGUAGCUAUAGUUUCAUAAGAAACUUUAGUUAAAUCUACAAAUUAACACCUCCUACGAAUAAGCUUGUCUUUGUCUUAUUGCCGGAGUAGUCGGGCUUUUCUCUCAAGAACUUGCUUCAAUCUUUUAAACUCUCUGUUAAGAAUAAUAAAGUUUUUGUGCUCUUUCUCCUUCGUUGGUUUUUUUUUUCUUUUUUUUUUUUGCAUUCUCCUUCAAACUCUGAAUGGAACGUCAUUACUUUCUUUUCACUUGUCCGCCAUUUAAUUUUUUUGCGCUUUCACGACUUCCCUGUCAAUCAAGUUCAUUUUAACAUUUUGCACUCAAUUUCAAUUUCCUGCACAGUUUGGUAUUGAUUCACAUGUUCUUUGCUAGUAAGCAUGCCGAAAUUUUUGCAUAUAUAAAAUAAAUAGAGGAAUUACAGUUUGAUAUUUGCAAAUUGAUAAACCUGAUUCCAUUUGCGAAUUUUUUUUUAGGUUUGAAUAAAUCAUGGUCGGUUAAUUUUCCACGUCAAAGAUAUACAGAAAGUGGCGGUCUUGAGGCGACCUCACAUACUGUAAGAGGCAGCAAAAGCGCAUCUGGAUGCUCGAAGUCCUUAACACAAGAAGAAAGUGACAGGGGCAACUUAAACGAACAAUCAAAAACUCCUCAAGGUAUCUUCGUCAUUUGUCAUCGCAGCUAUAGCUACUAUCACGAGAAACUGUAGUUAAAAUUACAAAUUAACACCUCUUACGAAUAAGCUUCGGCCCACUCCCCACCUCAACCAAAGUUUUAACCAGUGUCCCGCCUCGCCCCCCUCCCAUCUCCAGUUUCCACGAACGAGUCCUGAGCGGAAAAAAUGUAUUGUUGAGUUAAAUUCAUUUAACUUCCGUACAUAAUCAAGACAAAAUUCCCCUUACAAUGUUAAUACAAAAUCAACCAGAUUAGUGAUGAAUGAAGAAAAAUAUAACUUAUAGGAUUAUUAGUUAAUGCAAUUCAUAAUUCUCAACAGUAAUAUCAUCAUAAUUUUAUGGAAGACAGUUAGGAAAGUUUCCAAUUAGAUCUUGGGAGUAAAAGGGUUAAACCAUUGUGCUCCGCUCACCUAUUAGAAGACGCUCUUUACGGGCAGAUGCCUCGAAUUGGGAAAUAUUCAUUCCGCACCUUCCCUAUUUUUGGUGUGAGCACACCCCAUCCUGAAAUAUGCGCUCCAGUCGUUAAUAAAACCAUUGACACUUAUUCAAACACUAUCAUAUAUAAUGUUAGAGAGGGUGUUUGAAAUACAGUCCCUAAUCAACAAACAUAUUACGUUUUGCUGUGGCCGGUCUGUUUAGUCAUAGAUCACAUAUGAAGUCAAAAUGAGGCAAAGACAAUUAAAAAGAUACACGGGGCACAGCCGAGUGUCUCGCUGAUGUUGUUACCAUAUUCUGUGAUCUUUUCUUGUGCAGACCUACCGCAAAGUAUAAUUUAUUUGUUCACACGAUGAGACAGAAAGCAUCUGUCUUCCAAUAGAUCCUAAGGAACAAGCAAUCAAAAUGCGUCAAUAAUUUAGCUUAUCGUGUACCAUGAAUUAUCUCUUUAUUCUCUCUUUGUUGCAGAUUCGAAGCUCCUCAGCAGCUUGCUGGAUAAUAGGUCAUUUUUAACGAAAGUAUGUAACCGUUUGGACAUAGAAAUGAAGAACCAUGGAGACUAUCGCCAUGUUUGUUCACAUUAUGGUAUUGACAGAAAUGAAGUGGCCGCAAAUUUUGCAAAACAUGGUGACGGACCAUCAACAGCCCUAUUAGAAUACUUGGCAGUUACAUAUCCAAAGCUAACAGUUGAUGAGUUUGCAAGUGUGUUGAAAAACGUUACACAGAGAAAUGACGUUGUCGAGAGUUUAGAGGAAUAUGAUAACGAGUAAAAAUCGUGUGAAAAGAGUGUCAUUUUGAAGUAAUUUUGAAGUAAUUUAGAAGUGUGUAUAAACCUUGAAAAGAAAAGCUGGACAACGUAUGUAUAGUCAUUCCAAAAAAUAUAAAAAUCCACAGCAUAAUAAAUUCAAUCAAAGUAAACAAUGACACGCAAAAAGAAAAAAAAACUCAAACAAAAUGAGUUGUGACUUUCGGCUUUACUUACACAUUCUUCAGCUUGUAAUCAAAUUAAUUUUAAAGAGGCUAAGAAAAUACCUAGAUUCAAGAAAACAUGAUGACAGUGAUCCCCAUUAUCAACUGACAAGUAUUGUCUAGUACAAUGUUUAUCACCAAUGCUAUUAGACCACUGUAUCAACUUUUUGGCCUGACAUAAGUUGCCACAAGAACGAAGGGACAUAAUGACAAUUUUGUGUAAAUAGCGUUGAAUAACAAAGAUCAGAAGUACACUUUUUACCACCAGUGCUUUUAGACCACUGUUUGAUGGUGAGCAAAUCUUGUAGUAAAUAGCACUAUACAAUAUUCCUCAAGGGAAUACCUCGCCUGGGAUAUACCUCCAUUAUAAACCUCAAGAGUAGCCUUUCAUAGAUUGCAUAUGCCUAACAGCUUUCAAUUUUGCAUUCAAAUUGCAACUAAAAUGAGGGAAUACGAUAACAACUUUAUGUAAAUACGCUUUUAAAACGUAGAUUAUGGUACAGUAUUUUUUUUUUGUAGUAUAGUUUAGUGUGUGACAUGAACACAAAUAUUGUGAGGUAAUAAGGUUUGAAUUUUGCAAGAGUUCUGAAAAGUAAUGAAGUAUUUGCAACCACUUUGUUUUGAUGUGUUUGUUUUGAAUAAGUGCCUAGACAGGUAAAGGAGGGCAUCCUGCAUUGUAAAUGGAAGUUAUCUGAGUGUAAUUUAAGGGGGUUAUGCAACUAAAUAUAUGGCUUAGUCUAUGUAUGUUCUUUUAAAAACCAAGUUGGUUCUAUAUUCUUUUCUAGCUCUCUUGUUUCACUGAUUGAAUCAGUUUUCAAAUGGUCAUUUUGCACCAAACAAAAUGUUAUUGUAGGAAUUUUAGUUUUAAGCAUCGUAUAUUGUCACUGUUAUAGCACAGGGCAUUUCCUAUGCAAACGUUUAGGACAGUGGCUAUGUUCAUAUAAUUAUGAUAGUCUUACCACAGGCAGACCAAACUCAUGUGAUAUACCAUCGUUUCCCGGCAUCUUUUGGCCAGUUCUUUGCGCAUUUGAUUUAAUAAUUUCUAACGAAUAUAAGAAUGGUCCACAGAUAAAGAGAAUUCAUAACAAUAAAUUGAAUUCAUAACAAUAAAUUAGAGAGCUUUUGAUGUCAUCGUGCUAAAACUGUUAAGGUUAUUAAGAUCAUCACCCACAUCAGUCAGAGAUUGAGAUGGAGUAUUCAGCACCAAGGUAUAUCAUGCAGUUGGUCAGUCCUAGAUCUGAUAGUUAAUUCUCCCCUCUAACUGCUUCACAAUUUCUUCUAAAUAGGUAUGAGAAUUUACUUUUAGAUCAAGAUAAUAACUUGAUAAGUUAAAGUUUUCUCAUGACCUGUUUGCAGAAUAAUGUAUGGAUAUUAUAGGGAGAAGUUCCAUGUUAAUCACUUGUGAGAGUUCAAGGGUUAAUUCAAACUGAUGUUCUUAAGUAUUAGCUUCUUUUAUAUCAUUAGAAUGAAAUGUUUCUUUGGUUUGUGAUUAAAAUAAAUUCUGACCUUUUCUGAUGUUGAA